CUCCUCCUCUGGCUCCGAAACCUCGCCGCAUCUCCUCCACCACCUGCAGCAUUGGAAUCGCAGCGAUGGAGAAACGGUGCAAUUUACUGUAAAUUCGCAGAAAGACAUCCAAAACAACAGACGUGUCGAGAGACAAGGGGGGGAAAUAGAGAGGCGGACAUAAGUUUGUGCAAGCCCGGACUGCGGUUGUUGAAGGAGGCGCACACGAAUCAUCAUAAGACCUGGAGCAGCCUCCACAAAAGCAGCUCACAGAGAGGGACAAUUGAAUUACACAAGUUAUUCCCGUAGAAAGAGAAAGAAGAGAAGGAGAAGAAUUACGAGCCGUCAGCUUCCACCGGUCUCCGUGCGUCAUCACCAGGAGUCUCCUCACCUCCUCCACCUCAUCUUCCUCUGCCUUCUCCCGGUAACGAGCCAUGUCCGCACAGUCUGUAAACAUCCCGGACGACCGGGCGUUUGCCAGCUUCAAAGCCGAGUGUCUGUGCGAGGAGGGCUGGAGCCUGACCUAUAACAAGGGCCCCACCACGGUGUGGACCCAUGGUCUGGAGGAAGGAAAGUCUGUGCACAAAAUUAAGUGUCGGAUGGUGUGCAAGGAUGUGUCAGCGGAGACCAUGUACGACGUUCUCCACGACACUGAGUACCGGAAGAAGUGGGACAAGAACGUGAUCGAGACGUUCGACAUCGGGAGACUCACGGUCAACGCAGACGUCGGAUACUACUCAUGGAAAUGUCCGAAACCUGUUCUGAACCGGGAUGUCAUCACGCUUCGCUCCUGGCUGCCAAUAGGAAGGGAUUACAUUAUCAUGAACUACUCUGUCAAGCAUGCUAAAUAUCCACCUAAAAAGGACUUGGUGCGGGCUGUGUCCAUUCAGACUGGUUACUUGAUCCAGAGCCAAGGACCCAGCAGCUGUAUCCUCACCUACAUGGCCCACAUAGACCCCAGAGGUUCAUUACCCAAGUGGGUUGUUAACAGGUCUACACACUACUUUGCUCCGGGGGCAAUGUCGAAGAUCAACAAGGCCUGUUUGAAGUAUUCGGAGUGGAAGCAGAGACACAACCCCAACUUUAAGCCGUGGCUCUAUCCCGAGCAGACUACACUACCCAGCAUCCCCCUCUCUGAGCUGAGCAUCCAGCGCGCAGAGAGCCUGGAGAAUAUUGACGAGAGCUCUCUGGCUGAGACUCAGGAAAGAGAUGACAGCGACUAAAACACAGACACACACAAACACAAACACAAACACACACAGAUGUUGACCUACAUUCUGUACUCUACAUUCAUUGUCAAAACACAAUGUUCUCACACUGACAGCUUGUUUCUUAAUGAUUAUAUACAUAUGGAUGGAUGUAUGGAACACCUACAUACCGAAGACAUGCAUCUGAAGUUUUUACAGUUUUUACAUAUCGGUAAACUGAUGUUCCUCAAGACCAACAGUGGUUAGUAACGCGAUUAUUAUCACCAUUUUCUAACCUGGACCUAUGCAGAGUACUACACAAAGAUUAAGAUUUAUUAAGGAGCAUUUGGUUCCCAACGAAUACAUUCCUAUAAAACACAGUGGUGCAAAAAAAAA